CGGUGCUAUAAAAUGUUGCACGAUAGUCGGAAACCGUCCGGCGAGUUGCAUAAUAUAUAGCGGUAAAGUGAAAGAUAAGUGCUUUUACAAUAAAGUUGCCGCUGUUUCGCGUCUGUCCGAAACAUUUCUCUCAGAGUUCCUACAUCGGAUUAACUUAAGUUGGCAAAAUGACCUCUCAAAAGCAUAAUCGCAAUGAGGAGAGUAUCUAUCGGAUCCCACCGUAUUAUUAUUUACAUGUUUUGGACCAGACAUCAAAUGUCACAAGAGUGGAAGUCGGUCCACAGACAUAUAUUCGCAAGGAAAAUGAAAGAGUUAUUUUGGGACCUGAAAAAAUGAUCAUUGUUCCUCCAGGUCAUUAUUGUGUGAUACAAAAUCCUGUGAUAAGAGACAAUGAUGGAAUUAUUCAAUAUGAUCUAUAUGGUCAAAGUAAACUGCGACAUGCUGACUUAGAAAUAAGAUUACAGCAAGAUCCUUUUCCUUUAUAUCCUGGAGAAGUUUUGUUUCAGGAAGUGAAACAAUUACAAGUUGUUCCUGCAAACUGUGCUCUCAGAGUUCGAGCAUUAAGAGAUUUUGAAGAUGGCAAAAUAAAAAGAAUUGCAGGAGACGAAUGGCUGUUUGAGGGUCCAGGAACUUAUAUACCUCGUAAAGAAGUAGAAGUAGUCGAAAAAGUUAAAGCAACUGUAAUCAAACCAAAUCAAGCCUUAAAGUUACGAGCAAAGACCGAAAUGAUCGAUCGUGAUGGAGUAAAGCGUGUAAUGGGAGAAGAAUGGUUGAUUAAAAAAAUUGGUGCUUAUUUACCAAGAGCACAUGAAGAAAUUGUUGAUGUUGUCAAUGCAUAUAUUCUAACAGAAAAAGAAGCUGUUCAUGUUCGUGCAAUUAACACAUUUGUUGACGAUCUGGGCAACACUCGAAAGAAUGGAGAAGAAUGGCUAGUGAAAAUGACAGAUGUUGAUACCUACAUUCCAGGAGUUUAUGAGAAGGUUGUAGGAGUAAUACCUAUUACGGCGCUUUCAAAUCGUCAGUACUGUGUUAUUCUAGAUCCUGUAGAUGAGAGCGGUAAGCCACAGCUCAGCCAGAAAUUGUUGGUUAAGGGAGAUAAAUCAUUCUUUUUACAUCCUGGUGAACAUCUGGAAGCUGGUAUUCAAGAAAUAUAUGUGUUGAGUGAUAAUGAAGGGCUUGUUUUACGUGCAAAAGAAGCUUUCUUAGAUACAAGCGUAACACCUGCAGUUCAGCGUCAGCCAGGAGAUAGAUGGAUGAUCAAUGGUGCAGCAGAAUAUAUACCUCCAAAUGAAGUAGAAAUUUUAGCUAAAAGAAAUGCUAUUCCUCUUGAUGAAAAUGAAGGAAUAUAUGUUAGAAAUAUUAAAACUGGAAAGGUUCGUGCAGUCUGUGGAGAAACCUACAUGAUUAAUCAAGAUGAAGAACUUUGGGAAAAAGAGCUGUCACCAAAUGUUGAAUCACUUUUGUUGGCUCAUUACGAUCCGUUAGCCGAUCGUGGACGGUGGUCAGAUAAACAUUCUGCUGCUUCUGCUUCCUCCAGAGAUAAAACAAGAGUAAUAACUUUUCGUGUGCCACAUAAUGCAGCAAUUCAGAUAUAUGAUUAUAAAGGGAAAAAAGCACGUGUGGUUUUUGGUCCAGAUUUGGUUAUGUUAGGACCAGACGAACAGUUUACACAACUAAGUUUAUCAGGUGGCAAGCCAAAAAAGCCUAAUGUGAUUCGGUCUUUGUGCCUUCUUCUGGGACCAGAUUUUUGUACUGAUGUCAUCACUGUUGAAACAGCUGACCAUGCUCGCUUACAACUUCAGCUUGCAUAUAAUUGGCACUUUGAUGUAAGCCAAAAGGAUGAAGCGACAGCUUCUAAAUUGUUUGCGGUUCCAGAUUUUAUUGGUGAUCUUUGUAAAGCCGUAGCAUCUCGCAUUAGAGGAGCUGUAGCAUCAACUAAUUUCGACGACUUUCAUAAGAAUUCUGCUACAAUCAUCAGAGCUGCAGUUUUUGGCUAUGAUUCUGAUAGAAAGAUCAGAAAUAGAUUAAUCUUUCCACAGAAUAAUUUAGUAAUAACUAGUGUAGAUAUACAAAGUGUAGAACCUGUAGAUCAGCGAACUAGGGAUUCUCUUCAAAAAUCAGUACAACUUGCAAUUGAGAUAACAACACAAAGUCAAGAAGCAGCUGCCAGACAUGAAGCAGAAAGAAGAGAACAGGAAGCCAGAGGAAAAUUGGAAAGACAAAGAAUUUCCGAUGAAGUAGAAUCUGAACGAAGUCGUAAGGAUCUCUUAGAAUUACAGGCAGCUAGCAUGGCAGUAGAAAGCUGUGGACAGGCAAAGGCAGAAGCGAAAAGCAAAGCCGAAGCCCAGAGAAUUGAAGCAGAAACAGCUGUUGAACAAGCUAAAUUGAAAGUUGAUGCUAUGACAAUUGAAGCAGAAGCAGAAUUGGAAAGAUUGAUGAAGGCCAGAGAAGCCGAAAUCAGUUAUCUUCGUGAACAAGAUGAAUUGCAGAUUAAGAAAUCAAAAGAAUUGGCAGAAAUAGAUGUACAGAAAUUCAAGGAUAUAAUAAGUGCUCUUGGACCUGAUACAAUUCGUGCCAUAGCUCUGGCAGGACCAGAACUACAGGUAAAAAUUCUUCAAGGACUUGGACUUCAUACAACUCUCAUCACUGAUGGAAAUUGCCCCAUAAAUUUAUUUAAUACUGCACAAGGAUUGAUAGGAAAUUCCUUAUUGGAGCCACCCGCUAAAAUGCAAAAGGUCGAAUGAUUUUUCAGAAUAAGGAAACUCGCUAAGGCCAAUAUAAAAUUGGAUGAUGACUGCCAUUUUCAUUCCUUAAAAUAAUUACUGUUACUUGUGUUAAUGAAGGGAAGACUGUGUGAAUUCAGGCUAUUUGACAUUAGUUUGUUGUUGAAACAUGAGCAUUCUAUUUUUAAUACUAAUGAUACAAAUUGUUGUUUAAAAUCAAAUAUAUUUUUCCGAUUUUGCAAUUUCUGUAAAAUUAAACAGCUUUUCAAGUUUGUCUACACACCAUGCAAGAAAAAUUGAUGUACUUAGAACAAAUAAAAAUGUAUGCAGAUGUA